CAUUCUAAGCAACACACGUUUCACGUGUUCGUGUUUCCUUCGGUUUUAUUCCUCUUCUCUAGGCUUGAAAAAAUCGCUCACUACAUUUUUUUAAAAUAAAUAGAAUUUUUUCGUGAAAAAGAAAUAUAAACCAAACCAAAAAAAAAUGGUUACAACCAAUCUAGAUCUAAUCAGUACAAUUGAAGAAGAUGCUGAAGUUGAAAAUCUUUCAGAAGAUUCUGACGCUGAAAUCGAGUACCAACCAACAAAACUGCGUCACAAAAAAGUCACCGAAUUCGAAAAAGGUUUUGAAUUUGUGUCCUCUGUGAAAGAAUACAAUCAAGACACAUGGGACGAUUUGAUGAAAUAUGUUAAACGUAAGGCUCGCACAAAGACUGACGACAAAAUUGCUGCAAGAUUGGAAAAACGUGAAACUGGUGCAAUUAAAAGUGACGAUGAUGAUGAUGAGAUUGAUUUGUCCGAAGAUGAACUUCAACACGAUGGCCUUCGACAGCGUGAAAAGAAAUUAAAAAAGAAGAAAAAGAAAUCUGGGGAAGAUGAGGAGGAAGAAGAAGAAGGUGAAAAAAUGAACUUUGAAGAAGUCGAAGCUCAGGGAGAAAUCAGUUCUUUCUACCAAAUGAAUCUAUCACGUCCUCUUAUGAGAGCUAUUGGAGUUUUGGGUUAUAUCUAUCCAACUCCAAUUCAAGGGGCAACUAUUCCCAUUGCCUUAUUAGGUCGUGAUAUUUGUGGUUGUGCUGCCACGGGUACUGGUAAGACAGCUGCCUACAUGUUGCCCACUCUGGAACGUCUUUUGUAUCGUCCAAUGAAUAAUAAGACAAUUACAAGGGUUUUGGUUCUUGUACCUACUCGUGAAUUGGGUGCUCAAGUCUAUCAAGUUACCAAACAGCUUUGUCAAUUUACUAGCGUUGAUGUUGGUUUGGCUAUUGGUGGUUUGGAUGUUAAGGCACAGGAACUUGUGUUGAGACAGAACCCGGAUAUUGUUAUUGCCACUCCGGGUCGUUUGAUUGAUCAUAUUAAAAAUUGUCCCAGUUUUAGUUUGGAUUCGAUUGAGGUACUAAUUCUGGAUGAAGCUGAUCGUAUGUUGGAUGAAUACUUUGCCGAACAAAUGAAGGAGAUCAUUAAUUCGUGUUCAAAGACUCGUCAAACUAUGCUUUUCUCAGCGACAAUGAGUGAACAGGUCAAAGAUCUAGCUGCAGUCUCUCUUGAGAAACCAGUGAAAGUCUUCGUCAAUACCAAUCAAACUGUUGCUUUCAACCUUCGUCAAGAAUUCAUUCGAAUUCGUGAAGAUAAAGAAGCCGAUCGGGAACCCAUUCUGGCCAGUUUGAUUUGCCGUACAUUCCAUGAUCAUUGCAUGGUCUUUGUGCAGACCAAGAAGCAAGCUCAUCGUUUGCAUAUUCUUCUUGGUUUGCUGGGAUGUCGAGCGGGUGAACUUCAUGGUAAUUUAACGCAACAGCAACGUUUGGAAUCCCUCAAGAAGUUUAAAGAAGAGCAAAUUGAUAUCUUGAUUGCUACCGAUGUGGCUGCUCGUGGUUUGGAUAUUGUCGGUGUGAAGACAGUAAUUAACUUUGUCAUGCCAAUUACAACAGAACAUUAUAUCCAUCGUGUGGGACGUACUGCUCGUGCUGGACGAGCUGGUAUUUCUGUGUCUCUUGCUGGCGAAAAGGAACGUAAAAUUGUCAAGGAUAUUAUUAAAAAUGCCGAAAAUUCUGUAAAGAAUCGCAUAAUUCCACCAGAAAUUAUCGAAAAGUAUAGAAAGAAGUUGAUUGCACUUGAACCAGAAAUUCAGAACAUUCUCGAUGAGGAACAAGCUGAACGUCAAUUAGCUAAAGCUGAACAGUCUUUGUCAAAGGUUGAACGAAAGUUGGCUGGUGCAGCAGGAGCUGAGAAUCGCUCAUGGUUCCAGACAAAGAAACAACGUGAGGAAGAGAAGGCCCGUCUUUCACUUACAGAUGAAGCUGAUGCUAAGAAAGGUAAACCAGGAAAGCCAGGUGGUCCACCUGGAAAGGGUGGAAAUAAGAGGAAACGUCCAGAAUAUGGUGGUGAUGGCGAAGAUGGUCCACCAGUAAAGGAAGUCAAGAAGAAGAAGAAAGAGGAAAAGAAAAAAACACCUGAACAGAUGGCUAAAGAAAGAUCAAUGAGAGAAGUCGAAAAAGUUUCUCUUGUGAGAGCGAAGUUGGCCAAAAUCAAGAAGAAGCCAGGAAAAUUAAAUGCAGUUAAUGAUAGUGUUAAUAUACUUGGUGGAUCGAGAAAACCCAAGAGAAAGUCACAUUCAGCAUUUACAAAUGAUCUGACGGAUGUUAGUCGAAGUGGAGCUUUGAGAUUGAGAUCUGAGGCUAAUCGUCAUAAGAAAAUGUCAAAGAUAAACGCAAAGAAGAAGACAAGUAAGGUAAAGAUUACCAACAAAGCUGGUAAAAAUAAAUUCAACAAAGGCAAGAGCUUUGGAGCCCCAAGGUUUUCUAAGAAAAAUAAUAAAAAAUAAAAAAGAAAUUUUUAAUAGGAUUUAUUAAUUAGAAAAAAUUAAGUUUAUUUUAAUAAAACAGAACUUUAUUAUAA